UCGAGUCAAUCCUCACCCCUCCUCGAGUCAAUCGUCAGACCUCCUCGAGUCAAUCGUCAGACCACUUCAAAGUUCAAGCCAUACUAUCCCCUCCCCCUUUUUACGGUUACUGGAAUAGCUGGACAGAAGUUUAGCAGUGCAGUUUUACUUGCUCGAGAGACCGGUGAGUACUAGAACAAUUUAAAAAAAUAAAAAAAAUAAAAAAUACACAAAUUAAAUAGGCCUAUAUUAAUAUACGUACACAAACGUACCUUAAUAGGACAGCGUGAGUUAGUGCAGUUCAAUGUGUUGUACGUUAAUUUGAAAAUACGUUAAAGAAACUACGUAUAUUUUUUUUCACAUUUUUUAAUUACUUUUAUAAUAUAGGUUGCUGGUCUUUUGCAGUGUUGAACAUCAGACGAUGGAAAACCAGAACCGUAUCCUUUAAAUGAAAACAUACACCAAUAACUCUUUCUUCAUAAUCUUAGUAUUAUAAUUACAUUUUAUCGUAAAAGGAGUAGUUUGAACUUUGAAAACGUUUUAUUUCUAACAUUGUAUAUAAUAGGGUGGGUUUAUGAAUUUAAUCAACUAAAAUCUAAGAUGCGUUGCUAAUAAUGAGCAAUCUUGCUAUAAAUUAAGCAAGCCUUUGAAUACAAAAAGAGAUUUAACUGUACAAAAAUAUAUAUUUUUUAAAUAAAAUGUACUAUUUUUUUCUCGCAGCCAUCUAGGAUUUUCUAAAUUGGCAUACAUGAAUACAUGUUUGCGUUUUAUUUAAUUUUUCUAAUAAUCUUAAUUAUGUAUGCUUAUGAGAUAGUGAAGUCAAAAUAAGGAGAUAGUAAAUCAAAAUAAGGUGAUACUCAUUCAAAAUAAUGAGAUAGUAUGUCGAAUUUAUAAUGUAAUUUUAAAAUGUAUUUCUUUUUUUAUUUGUGCCGGAAAUGGGUUUCCAUUGGCUUCCACGUUCCGUUUUUAGCGAAUUAGUAAUUACAUAUCUUUUUUUUUUUUCCCAGUGGAAUAUGGCAGACUACAAUGAUCAGUAUGAUCAGCUGAAGAAAGAAUUAAAAGAAGAUGCAGCAAGUGUCUUUGCAGAAAUGAAAAAGGCACUACACAGCAAAAGUCUACCAAUAAAAAAGAAACAAUAUCCUUUAAAAAAGGAAGAAAGAAAAGUACUAAAGGUUAGGGUUAGACCUAUGGAGUGGAAAGGACGAACAAAAAACCGAGGGGGAAAGUACAUCAAGGUCAUCAUGGAAGAAGAGCCUCCCAGACUUCUGAUGCAAGAGACUGAUGGGUACAACGACAUCAUUCUAAUGGCUAAAGAAGCCUUGUGGAAUAAUCCACAAAUGAAAGAAGGAACAUUCACUCUUUGCCAUGCGGAUGGUACUCGGUGGCCUAUAGAGGAUUUUGAAAAGGAACAUGCAAGCCUUAGUGAGAUCAAGGAUGUCUGGAAAAAAACCUUCUACAUUGGACGCAGACCCAUAGAGGCAGACAGUGACCAGAGCAGGGAGAGCUAUGAGACUGAAGAAAUGGAAGAAGUUAGCGGUUUGGAACACUCAAUUGCAGAACAAAAAAGGAACCGCAAAACAAACUAUGUGGAAGAGGUUGUGGAUUGUGAAGACGUCCAAUUUGAAGAUCUGACAUUUUCUGAAAGUCUCUGUGAGAUUGCUCCUGAUCGACCAAAGGGAGCUGAAGCUGCUUCUGCAGUACCCAACCAGAUGCUACAGCCUCAACCUUCCAGCAGUGCAACAGAACUGGAUAUUAAUUCUCUUUACAUGCCUAGGCUUCCCUAUGUAGGUGAAGAGCAAAUUAAAGUCUAUGAAGACUAUGUGAUUGGUAGUGGUAACUUUGGAACUGUGUACAGGGGAUCCUACCAGGGGACAGUUGCUGCCAUUAAAAAAAUCCCCAUUCAAGGAUCUCUGAAUGACAUAACACAUGAGAUUCUCGUCUGCACAAGGCUUUCCCAUCCUCACAUAUCCAGGGUGAUGGCUGUUUCUAAGACUGAUAGAGCAAUUCUCAUUGCAAAUGAAUACAUCCAUGGAGCAAGUUUAGAGAAAGUGCUUCAUGGAGAUGAUGCCAAUUUCAAGUUGAAUGAAGAAGAGCAAUGCUACAUUGGACUGGAAGUAGCUCUUGUUGUUGAGUACAUUCAUUCAAAGAAUAUAAUACAUCAGGAUAUCAAACAAGCAAAUAUUCUGGCAAAGCAACGUUCAAAGAAGGCACUUCUUACAGACUGGGGGCUUGCUAAUGUUCGAGAUUCGGUGUCUCUAAGACUUGGAAGCAGAACUGUUGCACAUGUAGCAGGUCCUCAGGGUGGAACAGCCCUGUACAUGGCGCCUGAAUGCAUGAUCAACUUCAUGCAGCCAAGCGUGAAAUCUGAUGUGUGGUCUUUGGGUGCAACGUUCCUAGAGCUCUUUACUGGCUGUUAUCCGUGGAAUGUAAACAACUGCAGAGAGCUUAGUAGGCUGCUUUUGACAGAGGCCAUGCCCCAUGGCCUAUCUAGCCUUAACUCUCCCCAGAAAACAAUUGUUUGCCCCUGUCUGAACUACAGUUCUGAUCUUCGACCUCCUGUUUCUGAGGUUGUUCAAAUCUUUAAGGGUUUAGACAUCAUCAAUUUAGAGCAACGUUAUGGUUUUAAGUGGUAAUUUGAUAACGGUCCCUUUACAUUCUGCACUACCUAUGAAAACAAUGGUAACUUACUUUUAGUGGGGGUUUUUUGUUCAUGCUCUCCAGUACAUAGUUCUUGUCAGAAUGUUAACAAUGAAGGUUAAAGUUGCAGGUGUGUUAACAGCUGUAGCAACAUGGGGAGUGAUAACUCUGUUUUUUAAAAACCCUGAUACUUUCUCUUUAAUCUACAGGAUAAUGAAAAAAGUUUUAAACAUUAAGGAUUCUUGAGUUGUUUAAGAAAUUUGUGUUUUUUUGAAUAAAACUUUUGCAAAUAAUUUGAACAGAAUUUGAAAUGCAUAUGGAAUAUUUAAUCAAGCUGUAUAUUGUUCUGGAAGUAUUUACUUACAUCCAACAAAAUUGUAAAACGCGGAAUACAAGUUAUCUUAUACAAAAAUAAAUGAAUCUGUUGAACAAGGGAAAUGACUUGUGAUGUUUUCUUUAUUUACUAGAAAUAGUGGGAGCUCACAAUUUCGGAGGACAUUCAUUUAUACAGCUGCCGGUCUUACACAGUUGUCUUAAAGCACCUUUCAA